AUGCACCCAAUCAUCACUCCAGAGACCUACAAUGCCGCUGAAGCUUGGUCCGACAAGAUACUGUCGGAUCAUGAUGUAGUCUACAAUCCAGCCAGGUUGGAUCAGGCCGUGAAAGCCAAGGCGCUUCAGAUUGAUUUUCCUUCCACUGCAUUGAUGGCCCUUGUUCGAAAUGUAUCUGUGAAUCACAUCAAGAGGACCGCCCCAGGAAUCAAACGACAAGUAUCUUUCUUUGUGAAGCAAUGGUACCAACAACAAGGCUCGAUCCUGCAGUUGGCCAGGGACCUGAAUUACAGUCCCUAUUUGCUGGCCCGGGGCAUGGCAGAAGAAAUUUGUGCAUUCAAGGGAAACAACAACACAAAAAAGAAAUUGAUUGCGGAAGCAAUGAGAGACCCAGAAAAUCAAUUAGAAUUGAAUGUGGAGAGCAUUGGGGCACACUUUCUGGUGGCCACAGAAGUAACAUUGGGCUGUAAUAAGACUGACGAAAAGAGUAAUGACCAGGAAAAACAAAAAGCAAGACAGGUGACAAUGAGGUUGGCCAGGGAUGUUCGAGAGGCCAUUGAUUUUGAUCCAUUUUACGGACCUAUGCAUGACAAAGAAAGAUAUCUUGUGGGUAUUGAAUAUGAAGUAGUCCUCGAGCAACAGUUGAAGGUCCUCGGUAUCCCCUUUGAAACGGAAGAAGCAUUGCGUGGCCUUGGGACUUCUCGAACUCCAGAUAUUCUGCUACAAUGUCCCAUGUCUGUUCAGGUGCGGAAAGUUGAUGGAACAGGCUUGGAGUGGAAGAUGAUUUCUUGGAUUGACUCAAAGGCCAUGUUUGGUGAUGUCAAAACGCACCAGUCGUCGGUUCUCCCCCAAACCGAAGCAUAUGUCCAUCGACACGGACCUGGGAUGGUCCUCUAUUGGUUUGGCCAUGCACCCUUGGUAAUGCUCGACAACUCGCAGGGAGAUAUUGUCAUUGUAGGCUGGGAUUUGCCAGAACGUUGGAUGUGGCCAACAGGGGAGCUGUUGAAAAACAACAAUUGA